AUGACCACAGUUUUCGCUUACGCAGCUCCCUCUGCCAGUGGUGAGCUAGGACCCUUUUCAUAUGAGCCUAGAAAUCUCAGAAAUGACGAUGUGGAAAUAAAGAUUCUGUAUUGCGGAGUUUGUCACACAGACCUGCACAAGUGCCGGAAUCACUGGGGAGGUUCACAGUACCCACUUGUUCCAGGACACGAAAUCGUGGGGAAGGUAGCCCGAGUCGGGACAUCGGUGACCAAAUACAAGCUGGGAGAUGUUGCGGCGGUGGGAUGUCUUGUGGAUUCAUGUGGGAACUGCCGAUCGUGUAAAGACGGACUGGAGAACUAUUGUGAGAACGCGCCAACUCUGACUUAUGACGCUGAUGACCGCAAAGAUGGCAAGCGUCUUUAUGGAGGAUAUUCUGAGUCGAUUACCGUCAGAGAAAGUUUUGUGUUGCGAGUGCCCAGCGGGUUGGACGUGAAGUCUGCGGCACCACUUCUUUGCGCUGGAAUCACUAUGUGGUCGCCGUUGCGGAAUUGGAAAGUGAACAGCAAGUCCAAGGUUGCAGUGGCCGGGCUUGGAGGAUUGGGCCAUAUGGGUAUCAAGCUUGCUAAAGGCCUGGGGGCACACGUUACACUACUUUCUCGUUCGCCAGGAAAGGCCACAGACGGGCGACGACUGGGGGCAGACGAUGUGCUAAUUACCACAGACGAAGCAGCGGUCGCACGGGCAAGCAACCGGUUCGACAUCAUACUCGAUACAGUACCGUACGACCACGACGUGAACCCGUACCUGAGCCUACUUCGACGAGACGGGAAUCUCGUUCUGCUUGGGUUAAUUGGCAACAUCCAGGCGACGCCACUGAACACUGGGCCAAUGCUAUCUGCGCGGCGCUCGGUAUCAGGCUCAGGAAUUGGAGGGAUACAAGAGACGCAAGAGCUGCUUGACUUCUGUGCGGCCAAAAAGAUUUUGCCGGACGUUGAAAUGAUUGCGAUCCAAGAGAUCAACGAUGCAUACGAGCGGCUUAUCAAAGGGGAUGUGAAGUAUAGGUUUGUGAUUGACAUUGAGAGUCUAAGUAAAGUCAGGGGGUAG